AAAGUUUUCGUCCCAAAGAGAUGAGGCGAUGUGUUUGAAGCACCUCCGGAUUUUGGGAAUCAGAAAAAUCAACUUUUGAUGGAACCCAAGAGCCAACCUCCAAUCCCAUUCCUCAUAAGAAAAGCCAAACUUCUAAUCUCGAACCUUCAUGGUUUGGUUGUCACCAUCAGAAGGAAGCAGGACCUAUGCCCCCUGCGCGUUAACUUCAACGUUGGAUUCAUGCAACUGCUGGCUAGCUGUUCGAUGAAAUGCCCGAGAGAAAAGUGAAGAUCCCCACGAGCGGUUGUUGCAAAGAAAACCUCCCUACAUGAGAUUUUCCACCGCGUCUAUAAGUAUCCACUUCGCCUCUAACCUUUGAAAAGUUUCAGCUGCUUUUCCUUCUGAACCUAAAGAUUGCAGAUACAUACUUCCCCUGCUCAACUAAACACUGUUUUUAGCUUCUGUAAGUUCUUGGGCCUAACAAUGGUGGGUAGUAUGCCACCUUGCCUCCUCCUUUUACUGAAACUUGGCUUCCUAUGCAUUGCAACCUUCUUCAGCCAUGCAUCAGGAGACUGUGCACUGGACUUCAAGGCGUUCCCAUACCAACCCACUGGCGAAUGCGUCGGUAACAAUAAGGUAGAAGUGAAGGAUUUGAACACCAUCAGCACAACACUCUGCUGUAGAAACGUCCUUCAAGUCAUAACCCAAAACCUCGGCCUGAGAGCAAGCCAAACACAUGGCUCGCUCUUUCUUCCACAAGACCAAUGGAAAGAAUGCACUGGCCCUUUCCACGAGCAGAACUCUGUUUCCCCACUCUCUUGUGGGUUCGAUUUGCUGUACAGUGGGAACGGCCCUUGUUCCGCCCUAUCUUUGGCAACAUUGGAGCAGCUCUUUGGGUUCAGAACUACUGUCAAUUCGUGUUCAAAUCUUAAUGCUUCGUUUGAUAAUGCUUGCAGCACUUGUGCUCAAGCGAUUGUGUCUAUGAGCACACAUUUGAUGUCGAACGCUCACGUUAGCAGUGAUGACAGCACUCAAGCAAUGAUGUGCACAGUUGCUGUCGUGGUGGCGAUUGCAGCACAGAAGUUGGAAGCGGGAUCUUCCGUCGAUGAUCUUUACAGGUGUUUGCCUGUCAUGCAGGAUUUUGGUGGCUCAAAUGAAGGCUACGUGAGAAUCAAAAAAACUAACAUAAACAAGUGUAGCUCUCUCUCAGAUUCCGUGGCGAAAGCAGCAGGUUCCGUCCUAAUAGCCGUCGUGAUACUAAUUCUAGUUCUCAUCCUCGUCAAAUUCGUGACGAGGAGCAAAGACAAAGGUAGAAGGAAAGCUGGGAAACCACUUUUGGAAUCCCAAGAAGUCACGGCGUGGUCUGGUCUCUACAGAUUCUCCAAGUACGAGAUUCAGAAUGCCAUGAACUACAAUACCAGUACCAGUGAGAAGACGAGUCUCGGGAGAGGAAGUGCUGGACAGGUUUACAAAGGCGUUUUGCCUAGUGGACAAGUUGUAGCAAUCAAGCAUAUCCAUCAGGGACAUACUUCAGAUUCCUUCCAUCGUGAAGUUGAAGGGCUUUCCAGGAUUAGACAUCCCAAUCUCGUUUGUUUGUUUGGUUGCUGCAUUAAUGGCCCUGAUCGGUACCUCGUCUAUGAGUUCUGCUCAGCUGGCAACUUAGCUCAGCAUCUGCUAAGAAAAGAAUCAGUUCUAACCUGGGAAAGAAGAGUUAAGAUCCUGAGAGGGUGCGCCCUUGGUCUUAGAUACCUCCACCACUACAUUGAUGGUUGCAUUGUUCAUAGAGACAUUAAGCUUACAAACAUCCUUUUGACUGAGGAGUUGGAGCCCAAGCUGUCAGAUUUCGGAUUAGCAAAGAUGAUAGGCAUGGAAGAGAGCAAAGUGUUCACUGAAGUCAGAGGAACUAUAGGCUACAUGGAUCCUGAAUACAUGAGCAACGCCAAGUUGACAUGUGGCAGUGAUAUCUACAGCUUUGGAAUCGUUAUUCUUCAGUUGUUGUCAGGCCAAAAGGUCAUUGAGCUUGAUCUUGAUGCCAGAGACCAGAUCACCAGAAAGGCAAAGGAUGUGAGCCUGGGGAAAAGGCCACUGCUAGACUUUGAGGAUCCAAGGCUCCAUGGAGAUCUCAACACUGAGGAUUUUGAAGCCAUCCUUCAAAUUGCAGUCCUUUGCGUGGCGAAAUCGAGCAAAGGUCGUCCUACGAUUGAUGUUGUGCUUGAAGUUUUGGAGAAGGCUUGGAAGAACACAGUUGCUCACAAGAAAACAAGGCCUGAAGUUAGCUCACCUGGAGCUUCUUCAUAUUCACAUUCCAUAGAUGUUAUCCCUACCUGAGACAAAACAUCAGAAAAGAACAGAGCCACAGUAAAGCAAAGAGUGGACAAAAUAAAGGAGACAACCUGAUUUUUUGUUUCUUUUUUCACAUCAGUGUUUGUGGCACAAGAAAGAAAGAGAGAAGCUUUUGAAAUUGCCACCUUUUGCCAUCUUCUUGUCUGUUUAAAGUUUGUUUAUUUAUUAGCUUAGUUUCAGAAUGAAUUUUAUUCAAUUAGAGUGCAAGGGAUUAUCACUUAUUUCUAUGUACCAUUCUCUAAUGUAAUAUACCGUCUGUAUUUAGAGAAAAGGAAUGCAGUAUUCAAAGAGCUGAUAAUGAGAAUCCUCACUUUUGC